GCAUGGCUUUUGCUCUUAUACAGAAGGAUCUUUCACCUUGAAAGCUGGCAGCCUCACAGGAAACAGAAUCCAGAGCAUCACAGAAAGAACGGCAGUAAUUGAGGGCAAAACUAAGACCGCUAGCACUCUGGUUGUAGCUGAUGCCAGAUCUUCUGGAAUCUACAGCUGCAUGGCAGCCAACAAAGUGGGGAAAGCUGAAAGAAACGUGAGCUUUAUUGUGACAGAUGUACCAAAUGGAUUCCAUAUUAAUUUGGAAAAAAUGCCUAUUGAAGGAGAGAGUUUGAUAUUGUCCUGUUCGGCCAACAAAUUCCUGUACAAAGACAUUGCUUGGAUUUUACCGAGGACAGUAAAUAACCAAACGAAAGUAAAGAAGUCUGUCAAUAAGGAGCACUCCGUCACGCUCACGCUAACCAUCAAGAACGUUUCCCUGGCGCACUCGGGCACCUAUGCAUGCAGAGUGAGGAACGUAAACACGGGCAAAGAGGUGCUUCAAAAGAAAGACGUUACAAUCAGAGCUCAAGAGGCACCAGCCCUGCUGCGGCACCUUACGGAUCAGACGGUGAACACCAGUAACUCAGCAGUGUUGGAGUGCCAGGUUAAAGGUAUCCCAGAGCCACAGAUAUCCUGGUUUAAAAACCAUGAAGAAAUACACGAAGAAUCAGGAAUAAUUUUAGGGCCCGGAAGUCGUAUGCUGUUUAUUGAAAGAGUAAAAGAGGAGGAUGAAGGACUUUACCAGUGCAUAGCCACCAACUUAAAAGGGUCUGUGGAGAGUGCAGCAUAUGUCACAGUACAAGGCACGUCAGAGAGGUCAAACCUGGAGCUGAUAACGCUGACAUGUACCUGUGUGGCUUUCUGGCUCCUGCUGACUCUCUUCAUACGCAAGCUGAAGAGGCCUUAUUCUUCUGAAAUUAAGACCAAUUACUUGUCAAUCAUAAUGGAUCCUGAUGAAGUCCCCUUGGAUGAACAAUGUGAACGUCUGCCUUAUGAUGCCAGCAAAUGGGAGAUUGCGAGGGAAAGGCUAAAACUAGGAAAGUCACUUGGACAUGGAGCUUUUGGAAAGGUGGUACAAGCAUCUGCGUUUGGAAUUAAGAAAUCACCAACUUGCAGAAUAGUUGCAGUGAAAAUGCUGAAAGAUGGGGCCACAGCAAGUGAAUACAAAGCUCUGAUGACUGAACUGAAGAUCCUGAUCCACAUUGGUCAUCAUCUUAAUAUUGUGAAUUUAUUGGGAGCUUGCACAAAAAAUGGAGGGCCUUUGAUGGUGAUUGUUGAAUACUGCAAGUAUGGAAAUUUAUCAAAUUAUCUGAAAAGCAAGAGGAAUUUUUUCUGCUCCAGCAAGGACUCUAUGCAAACAGAGCAAAUGAAAAAGGAUGUUGAACCAGUAGAAGGCAAAAAACAAAGGUUGGCCAGUGUCACCAGCAGCGAGAGCAUUGCAAGCUCAGGCUUUCAGGAAGAUAAAAGCCUGAGCGAUGUGGAGGAGGAUGAGGCGGACUCCAACGAGUUCUACAAACUGCCCCUCACCAUGGAAGACCUGAUUUCUUACAGCUUUCAGGUGGCCAGAGGCAUGGAGUUCUUGUCCUCCCGAAAGUGUAUUCAUCGUGACCUGGCAGCCAGAAACAUCCUUUUAUCUGAGAACAAUGUAGUGAAGAUCUGUGAUUUUGGCCUCGCAAGAGAUAUUUAUAAGAAUCCUGAUUAUGUGAGAAAAGGAGACGCUCGGCUUCCUCUCAAGUGGAUGGCUCCAGAAUCCAUAUUUGAUAAAAUCUACAAUACAAAAAGCGACGUGUGGUCAUAUGGGGUAUUGCUGUGGGAGAUAUUCUCCUUGGGUGCCUCCCCUUACCCUGGAGUCCAGAUAGAUGAGGAUUUCUGCAGCAGGCUAAAAGAAGGCACACGGAUGCGGGCCCCGGAGCAAGCGACAGAAGAAAUCUACCAAAUCAUGCUGGACUGUUGGCGAAGUGACCCCAACGACCGCCCGCGGUUCUCCGAGCUGGUGACAAAGCUGGGGGAUCUGCUCCAAGCAAGCGUACAACAGGAAGGCAAAGACUACAUACCCCUGAACACUAUAUUUACAACUGAAAAUGUGUUUCCAUCUGCAUCCGUUCCUUCAUGCAAUGAAAACACAUCUGUUACAAGCUCAAACUGUGGGAGCACUGAAAAUGUCAGAUACAUAAACACUUUCAAACUAAAACCACCCCAGCGCAUAAAGACAUUUGAAGAGCUUCCCAUCAAGGAAACAUUUGCAUUUGAUGAUUACCAAGCAGACAGCGGGAUGGUGUUGGCCUCGGAGGAACUGAAACGCUUCACGUGGACAGACAGCAAACAGAGACGGACGCUCUUUGGCGUGAAAGGCGCCAGCAGGAGCAAGGAGUCGGUGCUCCGUGCGACCACGAAGCCAAGGAGCUUCUGCGGCUUCAGCUGCGACCAGCUCAGCGACUCCAAGCAAAGAUGCUCUCACGGCAACAUGGUGCUGGAGAAGAUGAGAGUCUGUCACCCACCUCCUCCCGACUACAGCUCCGUGCUCCUGUAUGCUCAGCCACCCGUCUAA